AUGACCCUUCGUGGAGCACACAUCAGGACCACAGUGACUAGUCGCCAUUCACCAACAGCACAGCGUCAGAGCUGCAAAGGCGUGUCAUUACUAUCGACUCAUGCAAGAUCCGCCACAGGAACUACGCCGAAAGCAGCCUCCGGUACUUCAACAAGCUCGACAACGUCCUCACUCCGCGAGCUCUUUGACAGUCCCGCGACGUCGGCCUCUCGGGCCCGAUAUGCCUCUGCGGCUUCACCAGAGGGUCUUUUUCUUUACCCGAACCUCAAGACACCAGAGACGUUUUUGGAUUCAGUGAAUGCGGCGAUCGCGCGAGGUCAUUUGCUUGUGGAGAGGAUUGCGAACGCGCCUGAGCGGGGAGAAGACGAGAUGCGGAGGGUGAUCAAGCUAUUUGACCGAUUGAGCGACGUGCUCUGUAAGGUCAUUGAUGCGGCCGAGGUAGUACGGUGCUUACAUCCAGACCCGGCCUGGAGACAGGGUGCUGAGCAGGUGUAUGAGCAGUUGUUUUCGUGGAUGAAUACUCUUAACACGGAUCCACGGCUUUACGAGGUCCUUCAUCAAAUUCUCAACACGCCUAGCAUCGAGGCAGGAUUGUCAGAGGCAGAGCGACAGGUCGCGAUGGUGUUCCUGCGGGACUUUGAAAAGUCUGGAAUUCAUCUUUCAAAGUCCAAGCGCGAACAGUUCGUGCAGUUGUCGGACAAGAUCGUGUCUUUGGGCAGGGAUUUCAUGCAGAACUCGGCUACGCCAGGCCCGGGCCCAGCACAGAUCGUGGUCAGCCCGCCCUCGCGUCUUCAGGGACUUUCACCGGGAUAUAUUCAGCGGAUCACUCGGACGAAUAAGCAUGGAGAGAAGGUCGCCAUGGUGCCGACGUCAGGAUGGGAGUCGCAGAUGGUGCUGAAGCAUGUGGAGGAUGAGGAGGUUCGUCGGGCGAUGUAUGUGGCCAGCAUGGCAGAGGACAAAUACAAGGUCGCGGUGUUGGACGAUCUUCUCAAGACGCGGUACGAGCUUGCGCAGUUGGUUGGUCAGCCAAGCUAUGGACACAUGUUCCUAGGCGACAAGAUGGUCAAGAAUCCCGAGAACGUGAGCACGUUCUUGCAGACGCUGCAUAAGACUCAUCAGGCGGAGGUCGAGGGCGAGCUGGCGAUGUUGACGAAAGCGAAGCGGGUCCAUACCAAGGAUAGGGACGCGAAGCUGGAGGCAUGGGAUCGGGAUUUCUAUGUGCGCUUGGUCAGCAGUAGGACCAAUGUCAUGCCCCACGGGGAUCCUAUCUCGGCAUAUUUUUCGGUUGGCACGACCAUGGAUGGGCUUUCAAAGUUGUUUUCGCACCUGUAUGGAAUCAAGUUUGUCCCGGGGACGGUGCGGCCGGGUGAGGUUUGGCAUGAUGAGGUGCAAAAGCUGGAUGUGGUGGACGAGCGCGACGGGCUGAUCGGAACGAUUUACUGCGACUUUUAUGGACGCCAGGGCAAACAGUUGAACGCGGCUCAUUAUACCGUACGGUGUUCGCGUCGAGUGGACGAUGAUGAUGAGGAGCACGAUAUUGCAGAAGGGAUGACGCUUCGGGAAGGAAUCGAGCUGGCAAUAGCAGAUCCAGGAGUGAGCAUGACUGGCAAGGAAGGGCGGUAUCAGCUUCCACUUGCGGUUUUAUCCUGUGGAUUCUCGAGACCGGCAGGGGGCAAACCGGCGUUACUGAGCUGGGUAGAGGUUGAGACAUUGUUCCAUGAGAUGGGACAUGCUAUGCACUCAAUGAUUGGAAGAGCCGACUACCAUAAUGUAUCUGGAACGAGGUGUCCGAUCGAUUUUGUUGAGAUCCCGUCGAUUCUGAUGGAGCACUUUUUGGCAGACCCAACAGUCCUGGGCCUGUUUGCGACACAUCAUCAGACGGGUGCGCCAUUACCUGCAGGUCUCUUGAUGGCACACCAAGCCAGCCGAUCGACCUUCCAGGCAAUUGAACUGCACUCCCAAAUGUCGAUGGCUAUGUUGGAUCAGCUGUAUUACUCUACAGUGGUCGGUGACCCAGCAUUCAACUCGACCAAGAGCUUAGAGGAUCUUCAGCGGGACAUUGGAAUUGUGCCACCUGUGCCUGGGACGGGAUGGCAGACCGGGUUUGGACAUUUGUAUGGUUACGGAGCAGGAUAUUACUCGUAUCUGUUUGGCAGGACUGUGACGGGGCAGAUCUGGGAUAAGAUCUUCAGGUCAUCGCCGACGUCGCGUGCUUCAGGAGAGCGGUUGAGGGAGAAUGUGCUGAAGUGGGGCGGAGGCAAGGACCCGUGGGAGUGUUUGGGAGGAUUGAUGGGAGACGAAAGACUGAUGAAGGGGGAUCAGGAGUCGAUGCGGAUCGUGGGAGACUGGGGCACGAAGAAGAGUAGCUAG